AUGGAGGGCAUUCAAACGCAUCCAGCCAAUGCCGCGCAGGCAAAGGCUUUUACCGCUCCUGGCUCGCUGUCGUUCCCCGGUGCCUCUAACGAGUUAACACCACCGUCCACCAACCCCGAUGGCAGUCAGCGAAUGGCUCCCAACGCCUCUCAGGGUCCCAGUGGUAUCACACCCACUCUGCAGAACAUCGUGGCAACCGUGAAUCUCGACUGCCGAUUGGACUUGAAGACGAUUGCCCUGCACGCACGAAACGCCGAGUACAACCCAAAGCGUUUCGCUGCCGUCAUCAUGCGUAUCCGCGAGCCCAAGACAACAGCCCUCAUCUUCGCUUCCGGCAAGAUGGUCGUGACUGGUGCCAAGUCCGAGGACGAUUCUAAGCUGGCCUCUCGAAAAUAUGCGCGUAUCAUCCAAAAGCUCGGCUUCAACGCCAAGUUCACGGAUUUCAAGAUCCAGAACAUUGUCGGCUCUUGCGAUAUCAAGUUCCCUAUUCGUCUCGAAGGUCUUGCCUCUCGCCAUCACAACUUCAGCUCUUACGAGCCUGAACUGUUCCCUGGUCUGAUUUACCGUAUGAUCAAGCCCAAGAUUGUGCUGCUCAUUUUCGUCUCCGGCAAGAUUGUCUUGACGGGUGCCAAAGUGAGAGAGGAGAUUUACCAAGCUUUUGAAAUGAUCUACCCUGUGCUUCAAGAUUUCCGGAAAGUCUAA